AUGGAUAUCAUUGGUGUCACCCUGUCUUCUGGAGUGGUCGAUUUAGAUGCUCUGACAGAUCAAGCAAUGACUUUCCUCGGGCAGGACACGAAACCACGGCUCCGAGAGGAUGUCCGAGCCAAGAUCAAUUCUCCCUCAGAGUCACAAGGAGCCAUCUCACGAUCGACGAUCGACGAUCUCCCUUAUCUCAACGCGUUGUGCAACGAGCCACUGAGGCUUCAUUCACCCGUGCUCAGUUUGCUGCGAGUGGCAGUCAAACCAGUCACCGUCUGCGGGAUUAACGGUGGUUGGUCGAAUCGCGAGGGGGUGCCAAUUACAACGACGUCACCUUCAGCGGAGGGGCCGAGAGAGUGUGUGGGGGAAGGCUUUGCCAGAGCGGGAAUGGCGGUUGUCCUUGCGGCACUGGUGGGACGAUACGAAUUCGAGUUUGUCGGGACGGGAGAGGAGGUGAAUUCGGAUCCUGAUGAAGUGAAAGUCGAGAAAGGUAUCACGGCCAAAAUAGAGGGAGGCCUUUAUGUGAGAGCUCGACGGAUUAAUGGAUGGUGA